AUGGCAGAUGAGAUUAUCGCCGAAGAGUCUGCCAUACCAGGUACCGUCCACCUGGUCGAUCUCGAUGGCACCAUGCACGCUCAGCAUGCCCGAGGCGGGCAGAGAGAUAUCGUACUUGUCCCGACUCCCUCGCAAGAUCCCGACGAUCCAUUAAAUUGGUCACCUCGAAGAAAAACACUUUCGAUGGUUUGCAUGGGCGUCUACACGCUGAUGGUGGGCAUUGCAAGUGCAGCUAUUUACUCGAUUCUGGAGCCUAUCUCCGAAGAGACCAGCCUGACGCUCAAUGAGCUAAACAAUGGUACCGGAUACAUGUUUCUCUUCUUCGGUUGGGGCUGCCUCGUAUGGCAACCACUUGCACUGCAAUAUGGCAAGCGACCAGUGUAUUUGUUCAGCAUCCUUGCGACUAUGGGCAUCCAACUUUGGGCACCGUACACAAAGAGCAAUGGUCAAUGGAUCGCCAACAAAAUCCUUCAGGGCUUUUUCGGAGCACCGAUUGAGAGUCUUUGUGAAAUUUCUGUCACAGAUGUUUGGUUUCAGCAUGAACGUGGAACGUAUCUAGGUCUUUAUGCUCUUCUUCUAGCAGGUUCCAACUUCCUUGCUCCGGUCCUUGCUGGCUUCAUCGCAGAUGGCCAGGGAUGGAAGUGGGUGCUCUACUGGUGCGCCAUCUUUUGCGGGAUUGGGUUCAUUUUUCUUUUCUUUUUCAUGGAAGAAACGAACUACUCCAGGCACUCGAUCACUGGAAUGGCUCCCGAUAUUGGUGUUCAGCCUGAACGGACCUCUACUGCUGUCAAGAUGAAUGAAAAGGAUCCACAACCGGAUGACGGCGAUUUAUCUUCGGAAACCGGUCUACCUGCUGCUUCUGACAAGUUCAAGCAGAAGACAUAUCUUGACAAACUCAAGUUAUGGCAAAACUCUGACCUGCGAAAAGACAACCACAUUGCUGGAAUGACCACUCGGCCGCUCAUCUUUCUUACCUUUCCUGUCAUUCUGUACGCUGGCUUUUCUUAUGGCAGCAAUCUGAUCUGGUUCAACGUGCUCAACGGAACCGCUUCUUCAAUCCUUGGAAGUGCUCCGUACAAUUUUCCAGCUUCCAUGGUCGGUCUAUCAUACAUCUCGCCUUUGAUUGGUGUGGCCAUUGGAUCCUUCUACACAGGAGUAAUCGGCGACAAAUUUGUGCUUGCAAUGGCACGCCGCAAUGGAGGUGUACUCGAGAGUGAACAUAGACUCUGGCUAUUUCUCCCUUCCUUGCUUUUAAUCCCUGGCGGAUUGAUAUUAUGGGGAGUAGGUGCGGCACAACAUGUUAUGUGGUUUGGUUGUGUCUUUGCGAUGGGUGUCAUUGCUUUGACCAACACCAUUGGCAUUCAACUGAGUAUCUCUUACGCCGUUGACUCAUAUAAAGACCUGGGAGGCGAGGCAAUUGUCACUGUCAUCUUGGUUCGCAACACAAUGAGUUUCGCCAUUGGCUACGGCAUCACUCCAUGGAUCGAUGGCAUGGGCUUGCAGAAUGCGUUUAUCACAGCAGCCUUUGCGGGUCUUGCACAAUGCCUGACCUUUCUCGUCAUGGUAAAAUGGGGCAAGGAUCUCAGAAGAAAGAGUGCUAGCAGGUAUGCCAAGUAUGUUCAGAAGAUGGCAGAAAGCGGCCUUGUGCACUGA